AUGCCAGAUCAGAUGGCGACAAGGAAGCUUCAUUACUGCCUCUGGUUUGGGGAACAUUUUGCUUGUCCUCAGCUCACUAGCGGUGCUAUCAUUAACUACGGAAGUCUGGAUAUAACGGCGACCCGGUAUGAUGUACUCGUAUGCGCCGGACGGCUGAGUUGGGAGAUCCCGCAUUCUUCUGAGACAAGAUUUAUGCGCCAGGACACCGUGGUUACAAAAUAUAACAUCAACUACGAUAUUACGCCGGCUCUCGUGUACCAUCAGGAUAUUCUUGAAAACGCCUAUAAUCUCGCAGACGUCGACGCACGGAAAGCCCAUGAUACUCUCGUUCCCCAGAAAUCUCCUCUUGAGUUAACGGAGCGGUCACGAUCGCUCCCUCCCCAGGCAAGAACUUCAAGUUUGAAUGCCAGGGCGGAACUGGGUGCCUUUCGCGUAGUUAGCGCUAUCGAAUACUCCGCAAUUGCGCCUCAGAGCUUGCGAUUGCGUUCCUUCAAACUGUCGGUCGAUCCGAAGUCUCAGGGUUCCGCGAGAUGGCGAAUGUCGAUCGCUAGAGCAAAUAUAGCAGUCUACCGCCUGAAUCUCCGGCCCAAUCGGUACAUGCUGGUAUUGUUCAGGAUGUCUUACCGCUUCGAAGAUAUCCAAACGCCGGUAUCACUACUUCCACGUCUCUAUCCCGUACACCCCGCUGCAGACACGAUCGACAUCUCUGCCAGUUCAGGCGAUUUCGGGCAUGUCGAUCAGUAUGAUCAGCAGGCGCAUCCUGUUGCCCAGGCGCAUGUAUGGCAACGUGUAUUCACACCAUGGCGUGCCCAAGAGUCUCGCGGAGACGUCCUCCUAGGACGGAAACACGACCGCUUCCGGCCACAUUUUGUCUCCCGAACAACCUUUGGCAUCGAAGCACAUACUUGUGAUGGCGCUGAAUGCGAUGUAGUCGCCAGUGAGCUUCCCGCCCCUAUCACCGUCAAACCGUUGAACGCUGGGAUCGAAGUCAAAUUUCUGCCUCACGCUGUGCCACACGUCACUUCUGUGCCUCAAAUAACCCGAGACAGCGGACAGGGACGCAGUCGCGUCGCAGUGCAGGAGAGCGCCCUCGAACGGGAGCUCAUUCAAGAAAAUCGGGUCGCAGUUACUGCAGCAUCCCAAACUACAAGCACGGGGACUCCGCGACGGGAGUCUACGCGGUCGAGGAUGGACAGAAGCCAAGUCCAGUAUCACGCGAUCUUCGAAACUCAUCAUACAUUCACGAUAGCCGAGAGCCUCCCUCUGACUGGUGAGAGACGCAAGGAACCCUAUGGUCAAGACGUAGUCAGGGACAAGCCUAGUGAAGUUUCCUCCCCUCCGAAGCUUGAGGGUGGGGAGGAAUAUAUAUCCAUAGAUCGUAAGCUCCAAACUGUGGAGGCCAGAGAGGACCAUCAUGAAAAAGGGACGGAAAGCGAGGUUAAGUCGAACCUCACAUCCUAUUCCCAUUCUGUCAGGAUCGUCGAAGGACACACGCCGAAGUCCACGAUGUUGAACGAUGAUAGGCAGAUGAAUGAGGGCGCCGAUGGCGCCGCGUUGUCCCUGUCCUAUAUCAAUCCUGGGUCUAAAGCGUCUCCUUCGCACGCGACACCUUUUGAAUUCUUUACCCUCCAACGAACCUCUUUCAGCGAACGGGGCGUUCCACAGGACUCGGGAACCAAUCAUACAGAAUCUGAAUACGAACGCCGGUCUUCUGACGUCGACAUAGUUUCAAAGAGUUCCAUCCAGAUGUCUGGUCAUGAUUCGACUGAAAGCAGCGAAGGGCGCAUUCAAAGACAUACUCCGAAUGAUUAUGUCGAGCACGACGAAGUGCCUGUAUCAGGCGCCAAAAUUUGGCGUGCAGAGGAACUAUCAUGCACGGGAGGCGGAGAUGCCGCCGAGAGUCUCGGGCGAUCGGAGAGCGCCAUGGUGUCGAACGCUGAUGGCCGAUCAGAUGUCGAUACUGACAGCAAUAUCUCAUCUCUGCCAUCUACUUACGCUGGGCGCCAGCUGUCUCCAUGCGACUCGGGCGUUCCACAGGAUGCGGGAAUCAAUUACAUUCAGUCUGCACGCGAGCAUCAGUUCUCAGAGAUCAACGUAGCUUCAGCGACUCUCGUGCAGACCUCUAAUCAUCGCUUGAUUGAGAACAGAGUUCAGAGUUCUCUGGUUACUAUACAAGGAGGUCAAGAUGCGGCGACAGGCCAACCUUGUCAACGCUCUUCUGCUGCGAAACUUGACAGCAACGAACUGGCAGAGUGUGCGCAGCAGGCUGUGGAGGGCGGAGGAGGCCGUCAUGAACUGGAGAUGGAAAGCGAGUUUAAGCUCAGCGCCACAGCACAUUGUCAUUCUGUCAAGAUUGCCGAACGAUCCGCGUCGGGGACUGUGGGUCGUGCAUUCUGA